ACUGCUCGUUUGCAAUGCAAUGCUGUCCGUGUAACGAAAAACUUUAACCCUUUUACUCCUCUCCCGAUUCAAAUGGAGGAAGAGACUACAACACCAAACCAAACUUAUGGUGGAUAUUUUAUUAUAAUACAUUGCAUUGAAUUUGGUCGGAUUUGUGUGUGUAGGUAGAAGGCAGGCAGGAUAUUAUAAUAUUCUGGGAGGAAGACUCUCUCUCCAUGGUUGACAACGAGUCAAUUUUAAACGUAAAAUUUUACCAAAUUUUGACAAUUGUACUAAAGCAGAGUUGUGCACCAAUGUAGGGAGUAUGUAGGAUAUGUGUCAUUAUUUAAGGGGUACAUUAUAUAAGUGAAAUAUAAACUACUUCUCAUAUUAUUAAUACUACUUCCCAAUGACUGUGUGUGAUUGAUAUUUGAUGGUAUAUGGGAGUGUAGUAUUAUGUGAAGCAAGUGUGUGAUGUGUGGCAAUAAUAAUAAGUGGAUGGAUAUAAGUGUCAUUUUAAAGUAAAUUCAUAAUAUGGGUGUGAAUGCAUUGUCAGCAAGGCAGGAGUCAUUACAAGCUGAAUGGUCAGAAAUGACAGAACGGCGGCGAUGAAUUCUGUGGUGAAAGUUAACUUGGGAUUUGGAUCGGAUCGCUGGAAAGGUUUGUUCAGCGAAACUUUUGCUGUUGUUGCUGCUGCUGCCCAGUCUUGAUAUUGGUGAAGCUUAAAAGUCAAAUAGUACAUAAUUCUCCAAAUAUAGGAAGCCAAAAAGAGAGAUAAAGACAGAUUCAAAAAAACUAAAUUUAAAACCACCACCAAACCAAUUUAUUAAAGUGAUCUCGUAAAGAAGACUAGAAUUUUUUUCAGCAAGUGUUUCAAGAAUGUCUCACAUUCACAAUUUAACAAGCCAUCUUAAAAACACUACCAUCACUCCAGCUCCCACUCCACCACAACAGACUUAUCGACUACCGCAAAACGGCCUUAAAAUAUAUCAAAUGCAGCAAAACGUAAGGAUGAUGACACCCCACCACCACCAGCAACAACAACAACAGGUGCCCUCGCCACAUCACCAGGGUCAUCCGCAAAUAUCCGUUGCCAGAAAAGGAGGAAAUUUAGGGGGAAUAAUUAACGCGAUCCUUCCAAAUACGACAACGCUGACUCGAACACCAAAUCAUUUAAAUGCUAAUAUUAACUCAUCAACGGCUCAGAUACAAUUUCAACCUCAGCAACUUUCACAAUUGCAACAACAAUUAAAAAGACCUCCCAUGACACGAGGUCCAACACCGCUAGUUAAUCAUAUCCAGGCGCAUCAAUCUCCCCAUAAAUCUGGAGUCGACGCUAGGAAAUUUAUACCAGCCCCACCUUCUCAUCAACCUCCUAUUAAUAUUAGUCAAAAUCAUCAUCAAGUUAAUCAUCAUCAUCACAAUGUUGCAAACAAUAACCAUCACCACCAUCAUGGUCAAUUAUUCAAUUCGCCAAAUCAUAAACACUUAUCAUCAUCACCAAUUUCUAGUAGUAAUGCACCUGUCGGAUUAAUACCAAGCCAAGCUCACAAGCCAACACAACCUGCUCGGAAUUCGUCUCCUGCACAAAAGGACGUAUCGUUCCGUCAUAAUAAUAAUAAUAAUUCUGGCUCUGGAGGGGCCGCCCGUGUUCAGCAUGUUACAAAUCAUGUAAACCAAAACCGUAAAAGUGUUGCAACCAUAUCACCAAGUACUGUAGCGAAAUAUCUGGCCAAAAAACUAGAAGGGACUAAAGAAAUUAAACCACCUCCUGCAGUAGUUGUGAAAACUGAAGAACAAGAAGAACCCCAGGAAGUUUCGGCCAUCGGACCUAGACCUUUUCAAAAAGGAGACGAUGUCCUUUUUACAACAGAUGAUGGCACCUUCAUGUUUGGAACGGUUGGAAUGAUUCAUGGAGAAACUUUGCAAAUUUUAUUUGGCGAUGGAACUCAACAGUUGGCGGAAUUUAAUAAAGUCAAAUUGUUAUCGUGCUCGGUUGAAGAUGACGAUGAUGACGAUAGCAACACCACUACGAGUACUCCAAAUAAUGCAAUUCAUGUCGAUACUAAUAACCGAGUUGAAAAUUCUGGUUCUUCACAUUCGAGUACAUCGCUAUCCAAACCAAAUAAUAAAGUAGUAAUAGCCAACAGUUUAGCAUCACCUGUUCCUGUCGUACCUGUGGGAGGGGGUGUAGCCACGCUUGCAAGUGAAGAGGUCACUUGUGGUUCGUGUGGAGUGGUUAAGAAAGUUGCUGGGAAAAAGGCUUUAAAUUAUGCUCCUCACACAAAAACCCAGUUUAACUGUCGACGCUGUGUCAAUAAAUCUAGGUUUUGUAAAAGCAAUAAUAUGCCCAUCGCUCAAACUCCUUCGUCUCCUAAUCGUGGGAAAACUGCCAACACAUCCCCUUCAAGCAAGAACCGUCGACAGUCUGAUGAAUCCAGCGGAACCAAUAAUGUUUGCUUUCACUGCGAAAAGGCGACAAAUUAUAACGAUCGGUUACAUUGCAAUCUGUGCGAACGAGCCUGUCACCUCUCUUGCCUUGCAAUGACGCCACCUCCAUUGGAGGGUGAUCGAUUUUGGGAUGUAAUUUGUUCUGCCUGUGGCACCCAAAACGGAGACUCGGGAGCCUUUGGAAGAACUAAAGUCUUUUCAUGCCGAAGAAGUAUUACGUCGUGGUCUGACGUGGCACAUUUAAUUCUAAGCUGUUUAGCAAGUCAACCUGAAAGUUCUGGGGAGCGAUUUUUCGACUUGGAAAAAGAUGUUAUACCCUUCAUUAUGGAGCACACUGAUCGCCUUCAUUUACCGAGAACGUACAAGAACAUUCAAUCCGAUAGUCGAAAAGAGUUCCUCGGCACAGCUCUCCACAAUGCAACUCUGCGCUUCUUAAAUGGUGCUGAAGUUAAUCGAAAUGAUACUUUGUGGGCAAUCAGGGAAAAUAAUAAUCAUCAAGGAUAUCCUCUUCGAGUGCCCGCAGCAGCUAAAUCGCCACAAAAGAGUAGCGCACCAAAUAAAUUGCCAAUAACUCCCACGAGACCAAUAAGGACGACGUCGUCAUUAGCAUCUUCGCCUGGGAGGGGUGCAGUACUUGGUUCUCUUCAGCACGGUCGGAGGUCGUCUAUCGAAAUGAAUGGAUCUUGCGCCACUCCAUCUCCACCCAAAUUGGACAAAUACGACAUUCCAUUCAGCAAAAGCAUAUCUCCAGCAAAAAGUAACAAAUCAUCCAGCCGUCUCAUGUCCCAGACAGAAAGAUUAGUGCAGAAAGCAAAGAAGCAAUGCCAGCAAAAGAAAGUUUAUGAAAAUGAGUUGGAUUCUAAUAAGCGCAAAACCAAUGAUGUGACAGGAUCUCCACAAUCCAAUAAGCGUCCAAAAUUAUCUCCAGACCGUGGGUCGAAUGGAAUUUGUCUUCCCUCGACAAAAACGCCUUCUCCAAUUUCGAGUAAACAAGUCACAGAAUGGCUACAAUGUUUAAACGCGGCAACUAAUCGAACUCCUAUAACGCCAAACUCUUCUGCCAAUAAAAACAAAGCAAGUCCUCUGCUUUCAGGCAGUUCAUCACUUUUCGGUAAAGCAGUCAAAUCGGCUGGAAUAACUCCUCCAGGGAACUCGCAAUCUCCAGAAAAACCAUCGCUUAGAAUUCGAAAACCAAAGGCCUUCGACCUCUCAAAGGAUAAAUCUGGUUUACAAAAAAAUAAGGACAACAAUGAAACCAUUCAGACCAAAGCAUUUGGAAAGCUGAAAGGUCGACUAGCAAAGCAAGCUCUGAAGGCAGCUUCAAAUUCAAAUGUUGCAACUCAGCGAUUUUCCCAAAUACCUGCAGCCAAUGGAGCUAUUCCAACUGAAGAAUUAAUCGCACCAUCUGAAUUUUCCUUGCUCAAUUCUUCCGUUGAGGACUUGAUCACUCACGGGUCAAGAUACACGUUGCAUAGUCUCCCUAAAGCUCCAGAAACUAGUGCAGAAUUACAAAAAUUGAAGCAAAAAGUUGCGGAAGCAUAUGCUUCUGAAACCUCAACUCCUCCUGCAUAUAUAAAAUCAAGCAUUAAUGGCAAGCCCAACCGGAAGGAGAAAAGUAAAAGAGAUCUGAAAAAUUUAGCUUCAUAUGAAAUCACGGGAAAAUGGGUCAACGCUUCUGGAAUUGUCCAUUAUCACUGCGAAUGGAAAGAUGGGUAUGGCAAUGACAGUGACGAUGAUGACAAUGAAAACGAGUUACUAAUCGAAUGGGACGAUUUGGACGAUACAGAUCUACUUUUCAAAUGUAUUGAUAAUCUUCCCACCGAUAUUCCCAACAAAAUUUGCCACAUCACACCCGCAAUAGUUGCCACCUCAGAUCAGUCAGAAGAAGACAGGAAACCCGUUAUGAAUAAUAAUUCUCAUAAUGAUGAAAGUGAUACAAAUCGUAAAGCUAACAAUAACGAUUCAAAAUUAGCCAUCAAGAAUGAAAAGAUUGAAAGUCCCAUCAAAUCUGAACAAGUGGUUGUUCGUCCUCAUCCAUUUUUUGUACCUAAUGGCCUAAAGUUAAAUAGAGUUAAGAGUAAAGAAGAUGGUAAAAUUAUUAUUGAUUUAACAUCCGAUGAUUAGCCAUUAAUUACCUAAUUAUACUAAAUUAUAUUGUUUUUUCAUGUAUUUAUUUACAUUUUAUAGUAAUAUUUAUAACUAAUUGUAGUCAUUUAGAUAAGUUUCAGUUUAGUACAGCCAUGACGUGGCCUAAUUUAACCCGUUCCACUUUUAAAAACGUCAUUUUUUAUCCCACUGCCUGAUACGUAAAUCUUAUUGUGUUCUUUUUCGCUGAGUUAAUGAAUUAUAAUGUCUUUUAUCAAACCAAAGUUUUGCCAGUUAACUCGCUGGUUUUUAUGAAUUUAGGGCAACGACAAUAUAUACAUACAUACAAAACAAAACCAACACUGCCUUUUUAUGAAUAACUUUUUCAAAAAAUCUGUUUAAUUUUUACAACAUGCAUAAUAAUAAUAUGCAUUAUAUAUAAUUGUGAAUUGUAAUAUAUGUAUCACAUUGUUACUUCAAGAUAAAUAUGUAUGACACCACACACACGCAAAUAGAUAGCGAUUUAAAAAUUAAGUCGAAGUACACAGUGUUGGGGACGACGUGAUAAUUAAGCUGUUGUACUUUUAGAAUAGAAUAUAAUGAAAUAUGGACUGAAAAACUAAACGGAGGGAAAAGUUAUCUAGAAGCACAAUCAUUAAUUUAACAAUCUAUACUUUUUAUAGUUUGAGUCUGGUACAACAAUUUUUAUAAAUAAUAGAGAUCAAAGUAUGUCAUGUGGUAAAAACCUACCUAUAUACCUAAAAAAAUUAUCGUUUGACUCUUGGUUAUUGGUUCUGCUAGUUUUUCUGUGAUUUAACCAACAAACGAAGGAAAGGAAAUGAACGCGGAGUGAAUAUUAUGCAUGUCAACGUAAAGAGACUGGCUUGUCGGGUGUUACCAUAUUGUUCUGACGACGAUUAUUGACCAUGAAACCUUAAACGUAAAAUUAUUUAAUUAGUCAUUUUUGUUCCACAUAGUUUGCUCUGUUUCAUAUAUAUUGAAAUUGAAUUAGACUUGAGCAUUACAGGUUACAUUAACUUAUUUAUAUUGCCCUUUACAUAAUUAGUUUAGGUAUUUAUCAAUGUAUUUAUUUCCUAUCAUUGUCAUUCUCGUUAGUACUCAAUACCUGGAAAUGAAGAAAUACGAAAGAAUAAAACUUGUAAAAGUACGUACACAAUUCGUAUAAACAAG